UCCAGCGCGCUCAUAGCGCAGCCCAGUGAUAAACUCCUGUCCAACAAGACAAGCAGAGGAGAGUCGUGGGGCAAUUUGAAAAUAAAACAAAGUAGAAGAACAUUAUUUUGCGUUGAGCGCCCGGCAAAGAGGCAGUUUUCUGGCAGUCGGUCCUUGUGGCUUUUUUUUGCUUUCAUGCACACAUGUGAAAUAAAAGGAGCUCAAUGAACUCGCGGCUUAUUGCAGAGAGGGGAGCAGCAAGUGGAGCCCAGUGAGAGUUUCGUGGAGGGAAAUCUUCCCCCUUCUGCAAAUGGAUCUACGUAAACCACCUGUGACUACAUGACUGACAUUGAUGAAUGGAAUCAAUAAUUGAUCUGGUUAUGAUAGAAGCAAAGAGAUUUGAGCAAAGUUCUGUGACUCGCCCAUCAAAAAUAUGAAUGGAUUUCACUCGACAAAUUCUAUUAAUGGAGCAGUUCAUAGGAGAAACUAAGAAUGGCUUAUCAAGAGGCUUCCUUGGGAAGAGAAGUGUGAUUGACUGGGUUUACAACCAAAUGCAAAACGACAUCAGCUGAACUAAAAGCAUCAGAAGUCCUUCUGUCUGCUUGAAAAGAGGAUAUGUCUUCUGGGACCAUAUUUUUCUAGAAGCACUUCAGGAUUUGUUGUACUCUCUUAAUGAGUAAGAAUUUGGGCUAAGCGGAUCUUUAAAAAAUGUGUGAUGGGACGUGGGUUAUCCUAAGUCCAGAAGAGUUUGCUCAGCUACAACAGUACACAGAAUAUUCCUCAAAGAAAUUGAAAGAUGUGCUGGAGGAGUUUCAUGGAGAUGGGGUGCUGUCCAAAUAUAAUCCUGAACAGAAGCAAGAUAUUCUAAAGCAACCCAUAGAUUAUGAAGGCUUCAGAUUAUUCAUGAAGACAUAUCUGGAGGUGGAGAUCCCAGAAGAACUCUGUCAGCACUUAUUCAUGUCUUUUAAAAGGAAGACAUGCCAAAAUUCACCGGAGUCCCAGAGGCAAAACACAAGCAAUUCACAGUUUAAUCUAUUAGAACCAAAAACUCUAGAUUCUGGCAUCUCCUUCCAGACAGAAGUAGCAUGUGCUCCUAUUACAGGAAUUAAUGGCAAAAGUAUUCUGAAUGCCAUGAGAAGACACUCUCCAGAUGGCAGGAAAUCCCAGGUUAACCUCACCGAUCAGCAAUUUCCCAUCUUGGCUCCUAUUGCUGCUGCUGCCACAGCAACUUACUCUCCUGGUUCCUCUCGGUCUUCUUCUCAGAAAUCCACUGCCGCUGCUCACUUUGCUCACAACUUCACUGGCUCCUUCAGGAUUUCCUCUGCCUCACUGCUUAACUCUCAGUCCCCAGGCACAAAAAGUUUAGACAAGAAGAUGGGUUUAUCACUUAAGAAGAAUCACAGCCCUCUGAAGACACCACCUCAUGUGCUACAAUCCCAGAUGCCGCAAGUGGUCUACCUAAAGGAUAUUGUCUGUUACCUGUCACUAUUGGAGCGAGGGAGAGCUGAGGAUAAGCUCGAGUUUAUGUUUCGACUUUACGAUACAGAUGGAAAUGGUUUUCUCGACAGCUCUGAAUUAGAUCGAAUCAUCAACCAAAUGGUCCAUGUUGCAGAAUAUUUGGAAUGGGAUGCUACUGAACUCAGGCCAAUACUAAUGGAGAUGAUGGAGGAAAUUGACUAUGAUCACGAUGGUACAGUUACACUUGAAGAGUGGAUAAGAGGAGGGAUAACUACCAUUCCAUUACUGGUCCUCCUUGGCAUGGAGACGAACAUAAAAGAUGAUGGUCAACAUGUUUGGAGAUUAAAACACUUCAACAAGCCUGCCUACUGCAACUUCUGCCUGACUAUUCUAUUGGGUGUUAGAAAACAAGGCCUUUGUUGUUCUUUUUGCAAAUAUACAGUCCAUGAAAGAUGUGUCUCCAAAGAUAUUGCAUCAUGUAUAAGCACAUAUGUAAAAUCCAAGAGAAAUACUAAUGUUAUGCAGCAUGUUUGGGUGGAAGGAAACUCACCAACCAAAUGUGAUAAAUGCCACAAAAGCAUUAAAUGUUACCAGGGUCUUACCGGUCUCCACUGUGUUUGGUGCCAAAUUACUCUCCACAAUAAGUGUGUCUCACAUAUCAAGCCUGAAUGUGAUGGUGGCCAACUGAAAGACCACAUAUUACUUCCCUCCUACAUAUGUCCUGUAGUUCUGGAUAGACAGCCCAAUCAGAAAAAGGCCGAAGGUAAUUCACCAACAACUCCAAGUUCAGACGACAGUCAGGCUUUCAAAUGUAAUACAACGACAAUGGAUGGACAAGGACUGCAGAUCACAUCUGUGCCCGGUACACAUCCACUUCUAGUGUUUGUUAAUCCCAAAAGUGGUGGAAGGCAAGGGGAAAGAGUUCUCCGAAAAUUUCAAUAUCUCCUCAACCCAAGACAAAUUUAUAACCUUGACAGGGGUGGCCCUGUGCCAGGGUUAAAUUUUUUUCGUGACAUACCUGAUUUCCGAAUCUUGGCCUGUGGAGGAGACGGAACCGUAGGUUGGAUAUUGGAUUGUAUUGAUAAAAUCAGCCUAAUAAAACACCCACCUGUAGCUGUAUUACCACUGGGGACCGGAAAUGACCUCGCUCGAUGUUUGAGAUGGGGAGGAGGAUAUGAAGGUGGUAACUUAAUGAAAAUUCUCAAAGACAUGGAAAACAGUAUAGAAGUGAUGCUGGACCGAUGGAGUAUAGAGGUGAUACCAAACAACAAAGAGGAAAAGGGUGAUCCAGUGCCAUACAAUAUUGUUAACAACUAUUUCUCAAUAGGUGUGGAUGCAUCAAUUGCUCACAGAUUUCAUGUAAUGAGAGAGAAGCAUCCAGAAAAAUUCAACAGCAGAAUGAAGAACAAACUAUGGUAUUUUGAAUUUGGAACGACAGAGACAUUUUCCGCUACUUGCAAAAAGUUAAAUGAAUUUGUAGAAGUGGAGUGUGAUGGUAUUGUCCUUGAUCUAAGUAACACAUCACUAGAAGGAAUUGCUAUCCUCAACAUUCCCAGUAUGCAUGGAGGCUCCAACCUUUGGGGUGAGACAAAGAAGCGAAGGAACUAUAACCGUAUGAGUAAAAAAGUCCCUGAGAAGCUCUUUUCAACAACAGUGACAGAUGUGAAGGAACUGAAGUUCUGUGUGCAAGACUUUAGUGAUCAGCUACUUGAGGUUGUUGGCCUUGAAGGUGCCAUGGAGAUGGGACAGAUUUACACUGGACUGAAGAGUGCCGGGAAGCGACUGGCUCAGUGUUCUUGCGUCACCAUCAGAACAACUAAGCUGCUGCCUAUGCAGAUUGAUGGGGAGCCCUGGAUGCAGCCUCCUUGUACUAUUAGAAUUACUCACAGAAACCAGGUCCCCAUGCUCUUGGGACCUCCUGCAAAGGCAAGCUUACUUUUCUGGAAAAGGAGAAAUCGCAGCAGAGAUUAAAAUGUGCAGGAAAAUGUUACAGCUGAAGAUUAUAAUGUUACAAGAAAGCCCUCUGGACAAAUGAAUAUUUUCUUUUUACUUUAGAUGUUUUAUUUUUAUUCUACGUUUGUAUCAGAGUCAUUGGACUUAAACACUGUACAAUAACAACACAUAACUUGGACUUGAAAUGAAAAUAACUUUGUACUAUUUAAAAUGAAUCUAUGACGUUAAAUGAUGAACUCUCCAAGAACAAACAGAAUCAGUAAAUACUUUGGUGUUUUCAGUUUCCAUAUUUCAAAUCUUUGUUCUAGUGUCCUGGGAACCAUGGAGCAAAAAGUAAUGCAAAGCUCCAGGAUGCAAUCCAGAUUCACUAAUGCUACAACAGUAAAACAAAUCGACUUCAGCUGUCUCAUUCUGACCAAUGCAUAUUGCCUAACAAUUUUUCCACUUUCACAUCAUCAUCUCAGAGCUGCAGGCAGUUCUGAGACAGCAACAAGAAAUUUGCAUUCUGGGAUUGUGUAUGUACCAAUGUUUUGAAAUUGCAAGUUCCAUACCUUGCACUUUGAUUAAACAGCCCAUAGUUUCAUGUCAAAACAUGACAGUACAUAACGAUGAAUCAAUUUUCCUGCUGUGAUAUCAUUGCCAUAGCUAAAUAACAUUUAUGGUAAAAUAUAAUUAAAUGGCUGCACCAAUAUUCCUAAUAUUGGCAAAGACUGAGAAACUUAGAGAAAACUAGUUGUACCGACAUUCAGAGGAAGCUGUGCUUAGAAGCCUGACCUGUGUGUGUGCAUCAUAUACAUGGUUGCAAAACAUCACUGGUAUUCAAGUUAAACCUAUGCAUCAGCAGUGGUCGUGUUUACGUGUAGAUUAUCAUUCUUGAUGUAGUAUAUCAGUGGCAACGGUAGGCUUGUGCGUUCUGUGUGUCAGUUUACAAUCAUCAGCCUUAACAAUGUGUCUGAACAUAAAAGGUGCAAUAAUUAUUGAAAAAAUAAAUAGGUCUUACAUUGUAAAAGAAGCCAAAUACAUAGCACUUGUUUUUAUAUUCUUUGUGUUUGCUACAUUGAAAUAGAAAUGCCACUAAACACACUACUAGUAUAGUGAGAAGGUCCAUAUCUAUUUUGAAUGUACUGUAAAGCUGUUAGAAAAUACUUACUUUUAGCUGUUUGGAUAAUGUAGGGUUUUCAUACCUGUAUAUUGUUAAGACUUUGAAAUUUAUGUAAAAUAAAGUCCACCAAUGUAAUGUUUCCCCUUGUCAGUUGAAUUGCUUUUGGCUGCUUGCAUGGUAUUGUGUAGAUCUGUUAUGUACCAUGUUUAUAUGUAACCUAAAAUGGAUAUUGUUUUAGAACAAAUAAAAA